GUGGAAGCCUCCAUUGGCUCUCCUCCUUUGCUGCGGCCAAGAAAUAUCGCACCUUUUUCACUCUCCGAGUGCCUAAGUUGGUCAAAGAUGGUGAGGGGGAAGGUGGAGCUGAGGAAGAUCGAGAACGCAGCGAGUAGGCAGGUGACGUUCUCGAAGCCGAAGUAUCAAGUAUGGGCUGCUCAAGAAAGCUCACGUGAUGUCCGUAUUCUGCGACGGCGAGGUUGCAGUCAUCGUCUUCUCCCGGCGCGGGAAGCUCUCCGAGUUCUCUAAUCACGAUCUUUGUCUUCGGCUCCUCCGUCGAUCUCCCUCUCCCUCUCCCUCUCUCUCCGUCUCUCCGAUCGCCAUGCCAAAUCCCCACCAUCUCCACGCGCCGCUGCGGCCGUCGCCGUCUUCUUCCUCGUCCGCACAAUCUUUAGCCUCCAAGCUGAUCCUUCUGCUCACAGUCCUCCCUCUCUCUCUGGCAGCUUUGGCCUUCAUUCUACAAUGGAAGGGAGACGGAGGAGGACUCCUAACCGAUCCGGCUUCCGCCACUGCUCGUUGGGCUCCACAGGGUUCUCAUAACAACCACGAGGUGUUUCCUGGGAUGGAAGCCUCCGCUGCGUCUCUGCUGUCUCCUAAACCACAUCAAUCGUCCGAUUGUUUCAGUCUUGCAAGGAGCGGGUCUCCAUCAUUUCCUUAUUUUCGUGAUUGGAAGUUCGAUUUCGAAGCUAAUCUAAGGCCUAAGAUCUGUGUAACUACAAGUACAUCAGCCAGCCUAGAUCAAAUUUUGCCUUGGAUGUUCUAUCACAAGGUUAUUGGGGUGUCAACAUUUUACCUGUUUGUAGAAGGGAAAGCAGCCUCACCAGGCGUAUCUAAAGUUCUUGAAUCUAUUCCUGGAGUGAAAGUGAUUUACAGAACAAAAGAGCUGGAGGAGCAACAAGCGAGAAGGUGUCUUGCCUUUUUCGUUGCUCACUCUGUUUUUCUUGUUCUGCUUCCCUUCAGCCGUAUUUGGAAUGAGACAUGGCUGUCAAGUUUCUUUUACAAACCAUGCAACUAUGAGUUGUUUGUUAAACAAUCUCUCAACAUGGAGAUGGCUAUUGUGAUGGCCAGGGAUGCAGGUAUGGAUUGGAUACUUCAUCUCGAUACUGAUGAACUCAUACACCCUGCUGGUUCUAGUGAAUAUUCUUUGAGGCAGUUACUUCUUGAUGUUCCGGGUGAUGUGGAUAUGGUUGUCUUCCCAAACUAUGAGAGCAGUGUUGAACGAGAUGAUGUCAAAGACCCUUUUAGUGAGGUUUCGAUGUUCAAGAAAAAUUAUGACCACCUACCCAAGGAUAUAUAUUUUGGCAUGUACAAGGAAUCUACUCGUGGUAAUCCCAAUUACUUCUUGACUUAUGGAAAUGGGAAAUCUGUUGCUAGAGUUCAGGAACAUCUUCGACCAAAUGGUGCACAUAGAUGGCACAAUUAUAUGAAAACUCCCAGCGAGGUAAAAUUGGAGGAGGCUGCAGUGCUGCAUUAUACUUACGCCAAAUUUUCAGACUUGACAUCUAGACGUGAUCGAUGUGGCUGUAAACCAACAAAAGAUGACGUGAAAAGAUGCUUUAUGUUGGAGUUCGACAGAUCUGCAUUCAUUAUAGCUUCUACUGCAACUGAGGAAGAAAUGAGAAAUUGGUAUCGUGAACAUGUUGUUUGGGGUGACAAGGAUCUGAAGCUGAAACUCUUGAGGAAGGGCAUUUUAACUCGCAUUUAUGCUCCCAUGGCAAUAAUACAGGGUCUUAAGGAGUCUGGUGUCUAUAGCUCUAUCAUUGCAUCAGCCCCAUCUAUUCUUUCAAAGGUUGAGAGUGGCAACGCAUCAAGAGUCUCUGAAACACUACCCUCAAACAAGAUCAGGAAAAGCAGCACACUGGAUCAGGCAACUGCUAGGAAAGUGUUGACAUUUGAGGCUAAUGCAUUCCAUGAAGCAGCUGUCCCUCCACUACCUCCUCCUGCAGCAAUUGAUGAUUUGGUACUUGUGGAAAAAGCUUGAUCUGUUUUCUAGUUCAUAUGCUUGCUCUUUUGGCCCUGUCCAGAAGAUGAUUUAGUUUGCUGUUCAAGGGAAGAAUCAUGGUUGGAAAGAACGAGCAACGGAGAGGGAUUGUGUGUUGCAACUGUAUGUAUUUGCUUUAGUUGGUUGGUUCUUCCCGAUCAUUAUCCAAAUCGCACUUGUGUGCAUGCAGAAGAGGUACUGGAUUCAUCCGUUCUACUGGGUCUCAGCCUGAUUCUUCCGACUGGAGAGACUCGGUGUACCAUUGUUUUGUACAGCAAGCAAGAGUGUUCUGGUAGAUUAAACAUAUUACCUUUGUAAUAGCUAGGAAAAUCAUUCUUUUGACAUUUGGUACGAGUGAUAUAUGAGGUAAAUGCCAUUAGGUCCAAACUUAAACAAAACAGCCAUUUGUAUUCUAUUCCAACACCAACGAACAGAAAUGACGCAAUUUCUCAGUUCUUUCUCCUGCCAAUUUCACCAUCCAAUAUGGCAUGCCUUGUUAACACGAUCUCCUUAACAAGAUUCCUGUAAGUAAAUGGCCUAACUGCGGCUCUCAAGAACAGUUCAGGAGGAAUUUUACUCUUCUUAAUCCUCUUCCUCCAUCUACCAAUUCCAGCAAUCUUCCAUUCUUCUGCACUAACUUUGGCUCUCACUCCUCUGAGGGACCUCUCAUCUCCAACUCCAUCUACUUUUUCAUCAUCCUCGUCACUUGCCUCUUCACUUGCCUGAGGUUCCAUGGAUUUCAGCUGCCUACUGUAGAGUGCAUUAGUCCUCUUCACACUCUCUUUCACAAUCUCCUCCAUUGCUUCUCCACUACUCACUGCUUUGCGAAAUUUCUCCUCCCAAUAGUUUGGAUUCUCCUCCUCCUCCUCCUCCUCAUCUUCUUCUUCUUCAGCAGACUCAUCAUCUCCUUCAUCCGAUUCAUGAGCUCCAUCUUCCAUCUCCAUAAUCGUAUCCUCGCUAUCAUCUUCUAUCCAUUCAGUGAACUCUAGAUCAUUUGUAUCAUUAUAGUUCCCAUCUUUUUCCUCCCCUUCAUCUGGUGCAUCACAUCCCAGUUCCAUCUCCUCUAACUUGGCCUUCCAUUCUUUUGUGUAAGGAUGCAACAGCUGUAAAGGAUGAUUCUUUAAGAGGAAUUCCAAACAUCCCAAUUUCCUCUCAUCACUCAACUUCUCAAAAGCCUUCACCACAUCAUCCACAUAUGCCUUCUGGUUAAUCCUCACAAUCUUGCACAACCCUUCGAAAUACGUCACAAAAGUAGCUGCUCCAUCUUCACUUUUCAGCUCAAACAAGCAAUCCUUCUCUGUUUCAGGGUCCAAAAGUGGCAGCAGAGCUUUGAGAAACUCCUCCUGGGGCUCAAAUCUACACUGGAAAACAGGUCUUUUCACGUACACGAUAUCUGGCCUGAACCAGCUAGCACAUCGGGCAAUCAAUUUCCGAGCUUUGUUGCCUAACCUCCCCAUCAAAUUCCACUUAUCCACCCUCUGCUCUUUGCUUGCUUGAACCACAAUCUCACUCACCAAUGUCCACUGCUGCCAUGGAAGCUCACUCAAUCUCCACCUAGGGUGCCUCACAAACACCCAGUACCUUCUAAGGCCGACAUCUUUGUCCAAUUCAUCUAGCCUCUGGCCGAAAUCCACGUUCAUAUCAUGCUGCUCUAUAUGCUCCCAAUCCUCCUGGCUCUUCGUCUCGCUGUACAUGGUAACGCAUUCAUCAGUAAUCGUCCCUCUGAUGGGCUCCCCGAUGACUACCCCACGCCAUGAGUAAGGACCGAACUCUCCGUACUUGUACCAGUCGUACGGGUGCUUCAGAUUGGGAUCGUCCUUGUCCAUGAACCGGACCAUCCGAUCGUACCCGAGCCCCAUCAUGUUGAGCUCGUCCUCGGUGAAGUUGUCCGGGUGGUUGUUGUGGGAACCCUUGAGCUUGUAGAAGUUGGACUCUGCUAUCUUCCAAGUUUUCCGCCGCGCGCUCUGUUUGAUUUUCCGGCGGACCUCCGCGUUCCCUUCAAUUCGGCCAGUGGACGGCCCCCCUGGUUUCUUCUUGCUCCGGCCGGCGAAUGCCCGGACUUCUCGCCUUUGAGAUGCAUUUCGCCAGGCUCGGUCUUGAAGGGAUAGACAGAUUAUUGGGAGAAAGGAGGAAUAAGAAGCUGUUAGAGUCCGGGUUUUCGCGGAUAGAAGAAAGGGGUUGAAGGUGGGGUUUAGGGUUUUGGAGAAGCUGAGCUCCAUUUCCGCUUCCAAUUUUGAAGUGGCACAAUAGC